CUCCCGACCCGAGCCGGCCCCAGCCCGACCUGGACUCGAAACUCUUUUCUGCUCACUCGUUGUCGGUGUCGCUUGUUUGGCAGUGCUUUCCAGUAGUGGCUUUCCGAUUUUGUCACUUGCUCAGUUACUUCCUUUCCUCUAAAUGUUACAAGUUUAUUUUUAAGAAAUAAGCCAGUUUGGCUAUUUCUUUCGAACCCUCCCUUUUUGGGGCGGGAGGUGGGUAAUGCUUCCCUUUACAUUUAAGCUACUUUGAGAACUCUGGUGAAGGAAGUAGAACCAAGAGGAGGAAAGAGAGGACUCGGUCUGUUCCAGAAAGGGGCAUCAGCCUGCAAAUGCUCCUUUCUGCGGGAGAGCGUCGCCCCCGCCGCCGCAUGGACUGCCACGCGGUCCCUCGCUCUCCAGCUCUGCGCCCUGCGCGCCGUGCCCUGCUGCUGGCCUGGUGCCCGGGUGCCUUCUCCAAAAGGGCCUAGAGGGAAGGGGAAAUGGCCCGGAGGUUGCCGCCAGCCCAGGUGCAGGGAUCAGUGACAUUCCGGGAUGUGGCUGUGCUCUUCAGCCAGGACGAGUGGCUGCACCUGGACACGGCCCAGAGGACCUUGUACCGGGAGGUGAUGCUGGAGAACUACAGCAACCUGGUCUCGCUGGGGAUUCUCUUUUCCAAACCUAAGGUCAUCUCCCAGUUGGAGCAGGGGCAGGACCCCUGGAAGGUGGAACAUGGAGCUCCUCAAGGCACGUGUCCAGGAUGGGAGAGCUUGUUUGAAACCACAGUUUCUGAAGAAGAGAAUCAAGAAGUCAUGAAAAAGCUUGUUGUUGAUGAUCCUUUUGACUUCAAGUUGGGCCAAACCUACAUAAAUGAGGACAAGUUAGAGAAGCCACAGGACAAAAAGAACAAACUUUUUAGCAAAGUAUUGGUUACCAUUAAAAAAGCCUACAUGAAGGAGAGGAGCUUUAAAGGUAUUGACCUUGGGAAAAAUCUUGGCCUAAUAUCUUCACUUAUAAGGAAACCCAGAAUUGUUUCCAGAGGACGGAAACCACGUUUACAGCAGUAUUCAAUUCUGUUUAAACAACUGGGAGUCAACACGGUACGUAAAUGUUAUAAGUGUAAUAUUUGUGGGAAAAUCUUCCUCCACAGUUCUUCCCUGAGUAAGCAUCAGAGAAUCCAUACUGGGGAGAAGCUCUAUAAAUGUAAGGAAUGUAGGAAAGCUUUCAGCCAAAGCUCGUCUCUCACUCAGCACCUACGAGUUCACACUGGAGAGAAACCUUAUAUAUGUAGUGAAUGUGGAAAAGCCUUCAGUUUCACCACCUCUCUCAUUGGACACCAGAGGAUGCAUACUGGGGAGAGACCUUAUAAAUGUAAGGAGUGUGGGAAAACGUUUAAAGGUAGUUCAUCCCUUAAUAAUCACCAGCGGAUUCACACUGGAGAAAAGCCCUAUAAGUGUAACGAGUGUGGGAGAGCCUUUAGUCAGUGCUCCUCCCUCAUUCAGCAUCACAGAAUCCACACUGGAGAGAAGCCCUAUGAGUGUAGCCAGUGUGGGAAGGCCUUUACUUCCAUAUCACGGCUCAGCAGACACCAUCGGAUCCAUACCGGAGAGAAACCCUUUCAUUGUAAUGAAUGUGGAAAGGUAUUUAGUUACCAUUCAGCUCUCAUCAUACAUCAGAGAAUUCACACUGGUGAGAAACCAUAUGCAUGUAAAGAAUGUGGUAAAGCCUUCAGCCAAAGCUCAGCUCUUAUACAGCAUCAGAGAAUUCACACUGGAGAGAAGCCCUAUAAAUGUAACGAGUGUGGGAAAGCCUUCUCCUGGAUUUCACGGCUUAAUAUACAUCACAGAAUCCACACUGGAGAGAAACCAUAUCAUUGUAAGGAGUGUGGGAAAGCCUUCAGUUCUCAUUCAGCAGUAAAUACUCAUCGGAAAAUCCAUACUGGAGAGAAACCUUAUAAAUGCAAUGAUUGUGAAAAAGACUUCAACCAAAUCUCUGCUCUAAUUCAGCAUCAGAGAAUUCAUACUGGAGAGAAACCAUUUAACUGUAAAGUGUGUGGGAAAGCCUUCAGACAGAGUUCAUCUCUUAUGACGCACAUGAGAAUUCAUACGGGAGAAAAGCCUUACAAAUGUAAAGAAUGCGGCAAAGCUUUUAGUCAGAGCUCAUCGCUUACUAAUCAUCAGCGGACUCAUACAGGAGAAAAACCUCACAUGUGUAGUGAAUGCGGAAAGACAUUCCGCCAGAGUCUCUAUCUUAUUGAACACCAGAGAAUUCAUACUGGAGAGAAACCCUACAAGUGCAGUGAAUGUGGGAAGACCUUCAGCCACAGGUCGUCCCUUCUUGCCCAUCAGAGAAUUCAUACUGGAGAGAAACCGUACAAAUGCAGCGAGUGUGAGAAAGCUUUUAGUAGCAGUUCGACCCUUAUCAAACACCUGAGAGUGCACACUGGAGAGAAGCCAUAUCGCUGUAGGGAAUGCGGCAAAGCCUUCAGCCAGUGUUCAACCCUCACUGUGCAUCAGAGAAUUCAUACUGGAGAGAAGCUCUAUAAGUGCGGCGAGUGUGAGAAGGCCUUCAACUGUAGAGCGAAGCUUCAUCGGCACCAGAGAAUCCACACAGGUGAGAAGCCCUACAAGUGUGGUGAGUGUGGGAAAGGUUAUAGCCAGCUCACAUCCCUGGCUGGGCAUCAGAGGCUCCAUACUGGAGAGCAGCUGUGCAAGUGCCUAGAAUGCGGGAGAACUUUCACACGCAUUUCAGCCCUUGUUGAACAUCAGCGAAUUCACACCGGCCAAAAGCCCUAUCAGUGUAACGAAUGUGGGAAAGCCUUCAACCAGUACUCAUCCUUCAGUGAGCAUCGGAAAAUCCACACUGGGGAGAAGCUUUACCGGUGUGAGGAGUGCGGGAAGGCCUUUGGCUGCAAGUCUAACCUUUACAGGCAUCAGCGGAUCCACACUGGAGAGAAGCCCUACCAGUGUAACCAGUGUGGGAAAGCUUUCAGCCAGUACUCCUUCCUGACGGAGCACGAGAGGAUCCACACUGGAGAGAAGCUCUACAAGUGUAUGGAAUGCGGCAAAGCUUACAGCUACAGGUCCAACCUGUGCAGACACAAAAAAGUUCACAACAAAGAAAAGCUCUAUAAAUGGAAGGAAUAUGGGAAACCUUUCAUCUACAGCUCUGCUCUUACUCCGUACCAGAGAUUUCUUUGAGGAGGUAAGUCCUCCGAGUUUUAAUUCGUCUCCCAAAUCAUGUGGGACUUGGCGUUGGAGCCUGAACAGAAGGGUAGUAAGCAGGCACAGACUCCUGGGAGAGUCCAUUCCUUUUGCUCCUGGAGGAAGUGUUAUCGUUACCACUGAGUCAUGGUAAAAUCGACCCAUGAAACUGAAGAACAUGGACACCAAACUUUGUAAGAACCAUUAAAUUCUUAAGUUUCUAAAAACCUAUAACUACUUUUUUAACUUCUUAGAAAAAAUGUAAAAGGCUUAACUUUUAAAAAGCCUAAAAACAGUUGCAUAUCAAUUUUGUUUCUCUUAUUAGACCGUAUUCCGUUUUUAAGUAAACGUCCAUGUGAGAAUCAAGCUGUCAUUAAUGGCAGUACGUGGGGGCCUUAUUUUCUAAGUGGCAGCUGACACGCUAGCUCUCCUUGUCAUAGAGAAGCUAAAGCUGAAAAGGAAUUCUUUAAACGGAACUCUCACAUGGCAACGAUAAAGCUCUUCUUCUGAGCCGCCUCAUCGCACAUGGGCGCAUAUAUGCGUAUAGACAUUCAUUCUGAAAAACAGUUUUUCAGAAAUCCUUGGUGAUUAAAAACUGUGGUUCUAUUAAUUUAGAAUUUGCUUUUUAAAUAGAAAAGAAUGAACAGCAGUGUCUGUACAUGCCUGUGUGUGCACGUGAGGGAGAGGGUGAAGCCCUCGGCAGUCACACCAAGAGCCUUUUCCUCACCCUUCCAGCUCCUCAGGAUCCUGGGCGCCCACGCAUGUACCCACGCUGAUGCGGGAUCUGAACCCAUGG